ACCAAACCCACCCAUCACCUCCACCAACCUUCAAAAUGAAAUCUUUCAUCGUACUCGCCCUCUUCUUCGCCGCCGCCGUCGCCGCGCCCGCAGCGCCCUCUGGCGCUGACUCACUCGCCGAAACCCUUCGCUACGACAGCGACAACAUCGGGGUUGACGGAUACAACUACAAUGUUCAAACAUCGAACGGUAUCUCCCAGCAAGAGCAGGGUCAGCUGAUCAACCCUGGAACUGACAACGAGGCCAUCGCCGUCCGCGGACAGUUCUCCUACACCGGCCCUGACGGCCAGCAGUACACCGUCACCUACGUCGCUGACGAGAACGGCUUCCAGCCCCAGGGCGCCCACUUACCCGUCCCUCCCCAAUAAACAACCAAAUAAACGCCAAAAGCAGUAAACUAGCACCAAUAAACGCUUAGUAACUAAUACUGGAACGCUAGUAAACUGUGGUAGUAAACGCUAGUAGACUAGUAGGAAACGAAGUUUAGUAAACGAAAAUAGUAAACUAAAUUUACUCGUAGUAAACGCUAGUAGACUAGUUG